UCUCAUUGAAACUUAUAAAAAUUCAAACUCUGGUCAAAUAAAAGUUAAAAUACUGUGGAAUUUCAGUUAAACAUCGAGAAAUUAUGGCUGAAUCAGGACCGUCUAAGGUUAAGGGAUCCAGUAGGAUGAAAACAAGAUCCGCUAGGACUCACGAGAAAGGUUAUCACAGCCAUCAAAACAGCCCAAUACAAGAACAUUCUUUCCUUACUGACAGAACAGACGUCAAAAUAAUGGAGAGAGAAUUGCUUGGUUUAAUGGACGACUUCCAUAACGGGAAGCUUCAUGCGUUUGGAUCAGAUUUUACCAUCGAUAAGAUGGAUAAAGUUCGGGAUUUACAAGAGAGAGCGGCUCAGAUGCAUUUUCAGAUGGAUAGUACGGAGAUGGAGAAUGAUGAAGAAGAUGAAACCAAAUGUGAUAGAAAUCUGGAAAGAUUGAUGAAGAAUUUAGAGAAUUUGAGCUCUACGAUACAAAGCUUGCAUAAAGGAGACUCGAUGUUUAAUUAUUCUGCACAAGCUGGUGACUUAAACUUCGAUAAAGCUUGACUUAAUUAGCCAGUUUAGGUCGAAAAGUGAAUUGUGAAGCACUGAUAUGGUUUUAUUAUAGAGCCUUAUAUUACUGUGCGACAUAACCAACCAAGCUUUGACGCCACCCAGACAAUUUUUCUUACAAAUUAGCCAACCACGAUUGGGUAUUUAAACAAAUCUGUACAAAUUUUCACAUUUUUUUGUUGAGAGUCAUAUAUUUUACUUUAUACAUGUGUGUGUGUGUGAUCAGAACUGAACAAGAAGCAGUUUAAAACCCAGAAUCCACUAAUUCAUCUUUUAUGCAGCAUUAAGAUGUGAGUUGGGGAUUCGAUUUGAAAUUUGUUUGGGUGGCUUUGGUUGAUGUAGUCCCCGGGGGG